GGAAGUGACAACAUGCUAUUUUCAGUGUUGUGAAGCUGUAAUAGUUUCUAAAGCUCAUUCCUAGUGGGAUGCACUCACUAGGAAAAGAAAUACAAAGCUUCUCUAAGCACAAGCUUAGAAAGCAAUGCACAAGGGUCACAACAUUAUCAGGCAAGAAGAUAAUAGAAACUUGGAAAGACAACCAUGUGCAGGUUGUGGAUGACCCAGAUCAGAGUGAUGGAUCAGGCUGUGGCUAUAUUCAGGACCUCAGUUUGGAUCUGCAAGUAGGAGUUGUUAAGCCGUGGCUACUUCUUGGGUCUCAAGAUGUUGCACAGGAUAUGGAAGUCAUGAAAAAAUAUAAGGUCUCUCACAUCUUAAAUGUAGCUUAUGGAGUGGAAAAUAGUAACCAAACCGAAUUUGUUUAUAAGAAAAUUUCUAUUCUGGAUCUACCCGAGACUGACAUUACAUCAUAUUUCCCAGAAUGCUUUGAUUUUAUAGAGCAAGCAAAUAUGCAGGGUGGUAUAGUGCUUGUCCACUGCAAUGCAGGCGUCUCUCGUGCACCAGCAAUAGUGAUUGGUUUCCUAAUGUGUAAAGAUGAACUUCAUUUUUCAGAAGCUUUUUCAAUAGUAAAAAAUGCAAGACCUGUUAUCCAUCCAAAUGCUGGUUUUAUGGAACAACUACACAAGUAUGAAAACCUCAUGAGAUCAUCAGAAAUAAUUUAUGGAAAAAUGUGAAAACCACAAAUUAACCUUAAUUCCAUGUGAGAGUUUUACAUGAAAUUAGAAGUGAGUGUGAAAAGAUUAAAGUGCUCACGGUGUCUUUGGGCAUAAGCUGAAUGAGUUUGAGUGGCACAAUAUUAUGUAAUGUUGCCUAUAUAGGAGAAGCACUGUUCUAGGGUUAAAGUCGUGCAUGUUUACAUAUAUGUUGUUUAUCUUUACCAACUGAUAUUAAUUUGUGUCUUGUUUUUGUAACAAACAUUGUGAUGUAAACAAAGAUUACAGUGUAAGUAACAGCAAAACUCAGUUACUUGUUAAACUGUAAUAGAGGUAAAGAAUAAGCACAGGAGGCACCACUUCCUUUAACAAUUCCUAAAUACAAUAACAAUUCCUAAAUACAAUGUAUUAAAAAUAAUUUCACAACCUCUUAAAUUUGUUUAAUGUUUUAAAGGGACAAAUAAAGUGUCAUGUAAAAGGUGGUGGUGUAUACUAGUUACCUGUCAGGUUGGCAGUGCAGUGUUUGAAAAUGCCAAUGGACUCUACUGCCCACAAAGGAGGGCAUUCCCAUGUAUUAAAGGGACACUGAACCCAAUUUUUUUUCUUUUGUGAUUCAGAGCGUACAAUUAAGCAAUGUUCUAAUUUACUCCUAUUAACUUUUUCAUUCUCUUCCUAUCUUAAUUUGAAAAUCUAAGCAUUUUUGGUUCAGUUGUCUGGACAGCACUUUUUUAUUGGGGGAUGAAUUUAUCCACCAGUCAGCAAGGACAAUCCAGGUUGUUCACCAAAAAUGGGCCGGCAUCUAAACUUCUUGCAUUUCAAAUAAAGAUACCAAGAGAAUAAAGAAAAUUUGAUAAUAGAAGUAAAUUAGAAAGUUGCUUAAAAUUUCAUGCUCUAUCUGAAAGACGAAAUAAAUAAUUUGGGUUCAUUGUCCCUUUAAGUCUGCUAUGGCUCCCAAUUUAAUGCUGGUAAUAGUCCCAGCCAGUAUGGCAAUAAUUAAAAGAAACAAGUGAUUUGUAAGCACAGCCAUAGAAAAAGUGUAGUGGUUUCAGUACUCAUUUGAUUUAAGCUACUUGUGCUAUCAUCUGUCAUUUGUAGGGGCUUAAAUGUAUCAGGCAUGUUUUGUAGAGACUGUCUUAUUACAGACAGGAAGUUUUUUCCUCUAGUUAUUGUAACACAUAAUUUUGCAAUCAUUUUCAGUGGUGGUUUCUACAGAGGUAUACACCCACACACUCCGCCUCCCUGGUGUGAUGCCAUUGAAUUGUAAAUAAAGAAUUUACUUUGCUACAUUGGUCUUUCUGUACAUACAUAUUAAAAUGAAAUAAAAAAAAAAAAAAAA